AUGCUUGCCAACGACAACCACGCUUCUUCCCACAACCACCAACAGCAACAACCUUCUUCUUCUCCUCCGCCGAAAGCUGUCAACAUUGUACGUCCUUCUUCGCCAUUCGUCAAUGCAUCCCAUCAUCAACGCCCCCAUCACGAUUCGCCUUUGCUGUCUCGUCCUUCAGUCCUUGGUACCACCAAUUUUUUCUCUCUUUACGCGACACAGCAUGCACACACAUUCGGAAAUGGCCCGAUAUCUUGGCCACAGCAUCUACUGCAACGGGCCAGAAGUAGCUCCAAUCUAUCCAGGAACAGCGCGUUAUCUUCAGAAGAUGACAUUGACAAUGAUCAAGAUCAAAUUGAUAGCAUCGAUGGGAACGAUGAUGACAGCAUAGACGACGAUGAUAGCAUUGAUGGCAUAUCCGAUAGCAGCAGUAUCCAUAAUGAUGAUAUCAACGACGAUCGGCCACGCUCGAUAAUACCAAUGGAUGAUAUCAGCAUCAGCAGUAGUAGCAGUAACGAAGAUGAAGAAGAUGUAUCCCCAUCGAAAAUCGUUGCCAGGAUCAAGAAUGGUACCAUCAUGAAUGGUCGUGGCGAGUUUUUGAACAAAGGAGGCGAUGAUGAUGAAGACAAUGAUGAUCAUGAUGGAUGGCUGGAUGAAGCAAGAGCAAAUCGAAAGAUAGCCGACUUGGAGAUCGAAAAGUCUUCGCUAUUGGCAGUCAAUACAACGCUUGAAGCUACAUUGCGACGACAAGAAGCUCGUAUCGCCGAAUUGGAGAAGCGUCUUUCAAGUAAUAUCCAUGAUGAUCAACCUCCAUCACCGGCUCCAGAGAAACCUACUUUUGAAGUGGAUGAGGAAUUGACUGAAAAGUUGUCGAAUGAAGCGGUCGAGAAUGAUGAGAUUUUCCAGCGACUACGACGCACGCUUCAAGGCAUGAUUGAGAAUGCUGAGUCUGCAUUGGUUCAAAAAGUCAACAUGUCAGCACGUGUGCUAGCAGAGUAUGCUCAACAAGAAGAAAAUGAAGGAAUCGUAAAACGGCUAUCAAUUCGACGUUCAUGGACACCGAGUACCAAUACAGCCAUUGUGAAUCGACAGCAUCAGAGACCACCACGCAAUACAGCAUCAUCUAAUAAGAAGAAGAAUCGGCAGUCAUCACCACCCUCCACCUCAGCAUCUAAUACCCGAACAACACAACCACCGGCUAGACCGGUAAUCAAUCAUACCAAAACAUCCAUGGCACGAACAUUAUCAAGGUCAUCAUCCCCUGCUGUCAUGGUUUCACCAUCCGCAUCACCAACAAUAUCACGUAAUACCCGACCACCAAGUCGAGCUUCAUCAUUGAGACGAUCAAUAACACCGCAACAAUCCGAGGCAUCACCACCACGAUGGCGAUAG